AUGCUACGGGGACAAUUUCCCCGCCAGUUCAAAGGCACAUUGCCACAUUCUUUCAAUCGAGCCUGGCCACACCUCAGCCCACUGCACUCAACAAGAGUGGUCACGCCUAGGGUCGGGCAUACGCUGGGCUCAUUUACACCAAAAAGAACCUUUGUCGAAACUGCAGUUACGCAGACUCAAGAGUUCAUCACUGCACUUCAUUUCAUCACCGGGACACCAUGGUACAUCACCAUCGCCCUGGUGGCCUUUGGCGUCAAUCUCACUCGCCUCCCGUUUUUCAUACACGCGAGACGCAUCUCCCAGCGGCGCUCUGAGCUCCAGCCGCUGGUUCAUGCAUGGUACGCUCGCUUGGUCAAGUCGACACCUUCGACACCGGGGAAGUCGACGACGCAGCUUGACAAGGAAAUCAGAAAGAAGCUUGUUAAGAGGCUGAACAAGAUCUACCGCGACCUUGGCGUGCAGACAUGGAAGCUGAACGGUAGCGCGUUCACACUUCCAAUAUGGCUUGGCGUCAUGGAGUCAUUCAGAAGACUGUGUGGUGGUCCCACAGGAUUGUUGGGGGCCUUGUUUUUCAAGGACAAGGUAACUGGUUCGACUGCCAUCGCCGCGCAAUCUUCGGCUCCGGGCUCGCUGUCCAAUGCUGCUUCCACUGCAGUAGACCCUGUAUCUGCAGCCAGUAUAAGUACGGUAGCGGACGUCGCCGUCCCGGCUGCUACGACACUAGAACCGACCCUGGCAACGGGAGGGCUUCUCUGGUUUCCUGAUCUGCUAGUCGCCGAUCCUUACUAUAUUUUGCCAUGGCUUCUCUCCUUUGCCAUCGCAGCAAACAUCGGGCUCGUUCCUACGAGUGUAAAAGCAGCCCGGGAGCUACUCGGGGGAGAGCCAGUACCAGGUGUCUACACCGGAAUCAUCCCCAAGCAACGAUUACGGCGCAUAUUGCUCAUUUGUUCGGUAGCCAUUGCCCCUGCUACUAUGGACCUCCCGGCGGCUUUACAUCUGUACUGGAUCUGCUCCUCAAUCAUAUCCAACCUGUUCACGUUCAUAAUUCGUCGGCACUUGCCAGUACCAGCGCCCUCCCAAUCAGGUCCCUGCAAGGGUCAUAACCAGGUUGUGCUGAUGCCACGGCCGGAGAAAGAGAUCACGAGGCGUGGAAGUGUAUUUGACUGA